CUGCAGUUCUUUCGUUUUAUAGUUGGUACAGGAGGCUUGAUGUUGGUGUAAUAUUUCGAUCAUGAAAUUUCUAGUUGCAUUUUGCUUGCUGCAAAUUGUAGUCGCACAGGACGCCGUUAUUUCUAACUCUGACAUUGGAAGAGUCCCAGAGAUCCAGGGCAACAUUGUGCAGCAAAGUAUCAUUCAACAAGAUAGCGCAAAUGUGGUAAAGGAAAUUCCCAUCGCGGUCUCAUUUCCACGUGGAAAUUACCAAUGGUUUUUUUCCUUCAUGGAUUCUUCAAGAAUCUCAACUUUUGUGAUCGCCAUAUUACUCAUCGUGUAUGGCAGUUUCCGUUCAUUAAAUAUGGAGCAUGAACAAAGUGCACGUGAAAAAAGUGAUAUUCUAAAUAGUGAAAAUUCAACGUUUCAAACCAUUGAUACAACACAAGCAAUCUGCCUUCCCAUUGGUGCAUCUGUUUCACUUCUCAUUAUGUUUCACUCAGCAUGGGUUUAUGUGUGUCCAUGAUUGCUUUACUGAGACUGCCAAGUUUAAAAGUGUCAUGCCUCCUGCUAUCUGGUCUUUUAAUCUAUGAUGUUUUUUGGGUUUUCUUUUCCUCGUAUUUGUUCAACGCAAAUGUGAUGGUACAAGUUGCUACAGCACAAGCUGAUAACCCGGUUGGGAUUCUUGCUCGUAAAUUCAACCUCGCUGCAGCAAAAGAUGCCCCACAGUUGUCUUUACCCGGCAAGCUGGUAUUUCCAAGUUCAUUUGACCCCAACUCAACAAAUGAUAGAUUCAGUAUGCUUGGUAUGGGUGACAUUGUUAUGCCUGGUCUCCUGUUAUGUUUUGUACUCCGAUACGAUAAUUAUAAAAAGAGGAAGUUAGAAGGAGAAACAUAUGCCCCAUCCUCACCUGGGAAUCUUAUUUACAGAGUUCGAUAUUUUCACUGCACACUUGUAGGAUAUUUUAUAGGAUUAGUCACGGCAACUGUUGCUUCGGAGAUAAACAGCAGCGCACAGCCAGCUUUAUUAUAUCUUGUGCCAUUCACAUUACUGCCACUUGUUACUAUGGCUUAUAUCAAGGGUGACCUGAAGCAAAUGUGGAAUUCUCCUUUCAAAGUUGUAACUCAGCGAUUUAUUGAAGUAUGAUGCAGCGAAAUACUAAACUAGUUAAACAUACUUGAACAUUACUGAUCAUGACUAGAACAAUACAGUUUUCCGAUUUGUUUUCUCGCAAAACUAUUUGACUCUGAUCACUGUUCCAACUAUAUGUUACAGCACAGUUUCAUGAACGCACUCCUGUUUCUAGGAUAUACAAGUAGUUGUGCAAUUCAUUUCCUGUUAUAGGUGUUGGAAUUGAUUUAUGCCACAGGCGUCCACAUUGUAAUUUCAUAUUAGCUAUUAAGUAUAAAUUUGAACUGUCAUUUAUACAACAAAAUCGUGUUUCACAAACUUUUUCACGUUUACUUUUACAUUUAAAUGUGUAUCAUAUACCUUAUCACCAAUAUUUGGGACAUUUUGUCGCUUAUUGCAGUGUUUUUUUCAUGUUGUUUUGUAAGGAAUACAUCAUGUUUGUGUACUUAAA